GUAGUGGCUAGGCCUUAGGGCAGCUGGGGCCGAGGCCGAGCGAACGGCCAGGAGGCAGAGGCUCCGAGGAGCCUGAGCUGCCGCCGGGCGGCGAGAGUGCCGGGCAGCCCGAGCGCGGCGGGCGGGAAGGGGGCGGAGGCAGGACUGGCCGGGCCACGUGUAGGGGCGUGCCGCCGGUGACGCACUUCCGCUCUGCGCGUUCCGGCUUAAAGGGGCCCCAGCAUUUCCUCACAACAACAACAAAACCAGCGCGCCCGCGGCCGGCUCCACGGCUCUCGUCCCCGCCCUCCUGCCACCUGCAGUUGCCUCGGCCGCACCCGCCCGGCCCUGCUUUGCGCCACCCUGAGCUGUCCAGCCUGAGGGGUCGGGCGGAGAGCCGGGCCGCGCCCGUCGGCCAACUUCUCUCACUGCCACCCGCGCCGCCUAGCGAGACCCUGGGCUGGGCCGUGCCCGCCGCCGCGCAGCAGGAAGGGAGCGGCUGCCGCGGAGAACGCCCCGCCGGACUGUGUGGCUGGCGGCCCUGCCUGGGCGCGGAGGGCGGCGGUGGCUGGCCCCGCGGCCUUCUUUCAGGUACCCCAGUCCCGGCUGACCGCCCUGAGCCGCCAAGCCCCUUCCCCGACCCGCACCGCGGGGCCGUGGCGUAGGGGCCUUGUUGCGUUUAAGCUUGGGGGUCGCGGCGGGGCGGGGCGGUGACCCCGGGCCGGCAGUCGUGGCCUCACCCCUCCCACCCUUCCUUCUCAGCGCUUCCUCCCUCCUCGCGACUGCCUCCACAGUUCGGAGCCCGGCGGAGCCCGAACCUGGCGGGGAGAGCUGCCUCCACGGCCCGGCACCCAGACCCCGCCGCCGCCGCCACCACCUCAGGCCAUCCUUGGUACCAGCAUGGCCUUUGUAUCGCCCAGUGCACUUGUGACUGACUUGGACCCGGAAUACUAAGAACUGAUUUCUCUCCGCAUCCCAGCCGCGCGGGCGGUGACCACCUCGGCUCUUUUGGGCUUAACUGCCGCUCCUCUUGACUCUGUCCGACUUUGGGGCAACAUGGACCAAAGUGGGAUGGAGAUUCCUGUGACCCUCAUCAUUAAAGCACCGAAUCAGAAAUACAGUGACCAGACUAUUAGCUGCUUCUUGAACUGGACCGUGGGGAAACUAAAAACGCAUCUCUCAAAUGUUUACCCUAGCAAACCAUUGACGAAGGAUCAAAGAUUGGUGUAUUCGGGCAGACUGCUUCCCGAUCAUCUGCAGCUGAAAGACAUUCUCAGAAAACAAGAUGAGUAUCAUAUGGUUCAUCUAGUAUGUACUUCUCGGACUCCUCCCAGUUCUCCAAAAUCCAGCACCAAUAGAGAAAGUCGUGAAGCAUUGGCAUCCAGCAGCAAUUCUAGUUCAGAUCAUUCAGGAUCAACAACUCCAUCAUCCAGUCAAGAAACCUCGUCCUUAGCUGCGAGUUCUUCCUCGGAAGGAUUGAGGCAGCGUACCCUUCCACAAGUACAAACUGACCCAGCACAGAGUCACCAGUUUCCAUACGUAAUGCAAGGAAAUGUAGACAACCAGUUUCCUGGGCAAGCUGCUCCACCUGGAUUCCCAGUGUACCCCGCAUUUAGCCCACUGCAGAUGCUGUGGUGGCAACAGAUGUAUGCUCAUCAGUAUUAUAUGCAGUAUCAAGCAGCAGUUUCAGCUCAGGCCACAUCAAAUGUCAACCCAACCCAGCCUACUGCUUCACAGCCUCUAAAUUUGGCACAUGUUCCUGGAGAAGAACCCCCACCAGCUCCAAACCUAGUGGCCCAAGAAAAUCAACCCAUGAAUGAAAAUGUUCAAAUGAAUGCACAGGGAGGCCCAGUACUAAAUGAAGAAGACUUCAAUCGAGACUGGCUAGACUGGAUGUACACGUUCUCACGAGCUGCGAUUCUCCUUAGCAUUGUAUACUUCUAUUCUUCUUUUAGUCGGUUUAUCAUGGUAAUGGGAGCCAUGCUACUGGUUUAUUUACACCAAGCUGGAUGGUUCCCUUUUAGGCAAGAAGGAGGUCAUCAGCAGGCUCCCAACAAUAAUCCCGAAGUUAACAAUGAUGGGCAAAAUGCAAACAACUUGGAACUUGAAGAAAUGGAGCGUCUUAUGGAUGAUGGGCUUGAAGAUGAAAGUGGAGAAGAUGCAGGUGAAGAUGCCAGUGCAAUUCAGAGGCCUGGAUUAAUGGCUUCAGCUUGGUCUUUCAUCACCACCUUCUUUACUUCACUAAUACCAGAGGGGCCUCCCCAGGUUGCCAAUUGACCUGAAAAACUGUGCCAGCUACAAGGAGGGUCUGACUUUAGGAAAGAGGUUUAAAUAACAGUGCAAUUUCAAAAAAAUUUAUAACUUUCUUUUGAUCAUCAUGUACAGAGGUGUUUUUUUCUUUAGGCUUCUCAUGCAUAUGAAUAUUUUAAGCACAAAAGGACUACUAAAUGUUUGAUUUUUUUUUUAAGAUCCUAACAGAACAUAGUGUAACAAUAUUGGUCUUCCAGGUGUUACUCAUUUCAAUUAUGUAUAGUAUACCAAGACAGACCUAUUUUUGUGUCUUAUUCUUUAAAGAGCUGCUUUAUUGGCCGGGCGCCAUGGCUCACGUCUGUAAUUCCAGCACUUUGGGAGGCCGAGGUGGGUGGAUCAUCUGAGGUCAGGAGUUUGAGACAAGCCUGACAAACAUGGUAAAACCCCGCCUCUACUAAAAAUACAAAAAAAUUAGCCAGGUGUGGUGGCACUCGCCUGUAAUCGCAGCUACUCAGGAGGCUGAGGCAGGAGAAUUGCUUGAAUCCAGGAGGCAGAGGUUGCAGUGAGCCGAGAUUGGGCCAUUGCACUCCAGCCUGGGCAACAGAGUGAGAUUCAGUCUCAAAAACAAAAAAAGAGCUGCUUCACAUAUAAAUGUCUAUAGCUAGUAGCCCAGCCCUUUAAUGUUUAAUUUGAAUAAAUAUAUCUAUUUUCUGUGAAUUAUCUUGAAAGUUUUAAACAGAAUGACCUCAUAGUUUUUAAUAAAGGAUAUUAUUUACCUAAAAUGUGCUAGUAGCAUCUUGCCCAGCCAUAAAGCAAUAAACUUCUCAAUAAUCUUAAUUUUGACAUUUGAAUAAGUAAUGGAAACUUUCUAUUUUAAGGGCAUGUAUCCCAUCAAUUGGAAUCAGUACCUUAACAGAAAAAGGCAGCUCUUCAAUGGAAUUAAAGUGAUAUAAAAUGUUUGAUACAGGCAGUACUUUUAUAACAUAAGAUAUGCUGGAAGUUGCUCCCUGUAAUUUUUUAAAUAAAAAGUCAAUUAUGGUAAACAUUCUUAUGGGAUAUUUGUUCAAACUCUUCCCCCAUUACAUGCAAAAAUUUAUGUGAAUUUUAGUAGUUGUUUUGAAGGGUUGAAGUCUUAAAGGUCAUUUACACCUCUUUCCAUUCCAGAUGGAUAUCUCCUAGAUUGUCUGAAACCUCAUUAAUUGAUUUAAAAAUCCCUGUGCAAGCCAAUUUAAUAUGUCAUAAGAAGGCAGUUUCUUAUUAGAUAGCUAAGUAAAACAAAUAUGGAUGGGAGAACUUUAUCUCACAUGAAAUGCACUAUUGAAUUAUGAGUGUGGUACUGGCCCAGGAGUAUAUGAUUAGGUAGCAGAACAGAGUAGAAGAUUAAGAAAACAUCCAUAAAUUAUUUUCUGAUUUGUUUGCUUAUAAUGAUAAAAGUGACAUUUUCAAGGGAUGACUGGUUAGUUAACCCUUUGAAAAGUAAAGUUAGAUUUCUAUUUAUAAAUGUUAAGAGGUCAUGACUGAAUAUGAACAAUCAAAUCGUGGGAAUAAUAAGAAUAUAUAGGUGAAAAUUUAUAUAACAUUGGAAUGAGAGAAUGGCAGAAUCUUUAAAGAUUGCUAAGUAUAUAAUGUUUUGACAUAAGUAAUUUAAAGGCAAAUAAUUGGAAAAAAGAUAGAAAAAGUGAUAAAUGAAGUCUUAAAUUCAGUCCAGUAAAAAAAAAAAAAAAUUGUAUCUAGUAAAAAAAUAAUCACUCCAAUAGGAAAUGGGUAAUAAAUAUGAAAAAAAGUAGUAUCUAGUAGUUAAAACUACCAGAUUCAUAAGAUGAAAUUCAGUGUUGGUGAAACUGUAGGGGAACAUAAAAUAGAAUAUAGCCUUUCCAGCAAGUAUCAGAUUUUCAAGUUGUGCACAGAAUCAUUCAGUGUCAUCCUGUUAUUCCCAGAAUACAGAUGAGACUAAUGAACAUGGCUUACAAAAAUCUCGAAAGGUUGUGCCCUCGCUUCCUGUCAGUUUGAGCUCCCCUUAAUUCCUGUUUUAACUAGGCUGCUCUUCCAGCCACAGAACUUUUAAAAUAGCUGUUCUUUUGCUGCAAACAUAUGCAGUUUCUUUUCCUUCUUUACCUCACUAACACUAAUCACUCAUCAGAUCUCGGCAUAAGUGCCAAUUCUUUGGGAGGCUUUUCCUUGGAAGCACAGUUUAUUAUUUUGCCUUUAAAACUGUUGCAGUUUACAUUUAUUUCCUUGUUUCUCUCACUAUAUAGAAUGGAUGAAGUUGGGGAGAACCUGGAAUUUAGUUCAGUCCUGGAUAAGUGCCAGCAGAAGUUUGAAAGGAUGUCAUUCAUGUGUGAGAUUCAGCUUUCCAGAUAAUCAUUGCAUUGUUUGCAAUAGGAAAAAAACAGAAUUGGCAGACGUUCAGCAGAGUGACCUAUGGCACAUUUGAACAGUUUGGAUCCAUGAUUAGGGAUGGCUGGUUUCAAGACUGAUGCAAUUAUUCCAUCCAGAAGAAGGGUCUGGAUUUUAACCUGGGAGCUAAAUAAAUGAACUAUCAAAGCUGGUAGAAAUGCUCCGUGGGUCAGAGCCUAAUGCAGGUACAGGGUGGGGAGACAAUGCAGCGAUAAUUAUGAGACUGAUCAGUUUCAUUUCUUUUGGGAGCUGGAGAGUAGAGAAUUGGAGCUGUAGAAUUCAGUGGGGAUGGUCAGCAUUGUGGGACCACCCCUCUGGAGGAAAUGAGCAGGUCCCUGCCUCCUAGCAGCAGGCUGGGGCCUAAGGAGAAAGAUCCUGGUUAUAAACUCCUGUGAAGGGUUCUAAGAACACUGGAAUGCAUGAGCCACUGUUAAUUAUUUUUCCUGCAUUGUUAAUUCCCAUGUGUUAGCCUCACAUUCAGUAAGUCUUUGUCAAAAACUGCAGCCUAGUGUCAGCCGUGUUUUGGAUGAUUUAGGAAGGGGCUGUGUCCAUACUGGGGCCAGACGGUACCUAGGUGGCUGAGGUAAUCAGACACUGGUCUCAAGGCCAGAUGUUGACUAGUAACAACCAGGAUAUAUGUUUCUGGAAUAUAAACACUUUUAGGACUUCUUACAUUGCUAUACAUUACCGUAAAGACUAGAUCUUCAGUGAGAGGAUCAGAUCAUGUUAGGUGAGUAAAAGAAAAGGGUCAUCUGGAGGGCUGGAGAAUUGGAGACAUUCAUACCAUACUUUGGUGACAUAAUUAGAUGCCAUAGCUUACCAGCAUACUAACUAGUUUCUCUGGCUGUUUGUACCAUCACUGUUGAAAUAAGGCUUUGCAAAUUACUGGGAGGAAAGGUCAUAUUUGGAGCCCCAAAUGUAUAGUCCUAGUGGCAGUUUUGCUGUUGAAAUAAAGCUUUGUAAAUUAGUGGGAGGAAAGGUCGUAUUUGGAGCCUCAAAUGUACAGUCCCAGUGGCUGUUUUGCCUCACUGUUGAAUGACUGUAAUGUGAUACAUCAGCUUUUUUGAAGUCUGGUGUAAGUCAUACCCUAAGGUCUAUGGUAUCUGGAAUGGUGCUGCUGGAUGUGCAGGACUGCCAAGCUCUGGCGUGUGGUGGUCUCAUCUACCAGAUCAUUCCUGGGAGGCCCAGUUUGGCCAGCUGGCUCACAUCUGCGGGUGGUAUUGCUAGCAUUGCACAUUGGAACUGCAACCUGGGAAAGUGAUAGAAACCUACCUCGUGGUGAGUACAAAGGAUGUUUGUUGUAUUUUAUACACAUUAAUAUUUUGGAUGUUUUAAUAGCUAAACAUUUUAAAACAAAGCAAAAUCAAUAAUAAUCCUUUUUGAAUAUAUUGUGAACAAUGCAAGCCUUUUAUUAAAAAUUACUAUGGAAUAUUCAAAAGAAAGGUUUUUUCUUACAGAGAGCAGAGAAUAAUUACUAAGGGUUCCUGUUUCAAAGCCUCUAGGGCCCUUUUACUGUCCAGAAUUCUUAGUAAGUGGAAAACAUUUCCCAAGCAUACUGAAGUCUCAGCCCUGAUAUGGGCAGGACAGCAAAAGACCUGUCUCCUUCCAGAGCAAACCUCAGUGGUUGCACCUGUCCUUCCAUUACACUUUGGGGAUAAACCCUGGAGGCCCUAGUUUAGGGGACCAAUUUCAUGGGCCUUCUUGACAAAGCUUACUUUCUUGAUCCUGCUGCUAAAUUUAGACCUUUCCUCCAAUUGAUCAUCUUUCCAAAAUGAGCAUAGCAACACCUGCACAAACCAUUUCAUGUCAUGCAGUAAGCUGUUUCAUCCAAGUGUUCCAAAGCCAUAAGAUGAACAAGUGGAAAAAACGUAGAGCUGUGUAGGAUGUUUCCCAAGUUACUCUUUCACAGAGGAUGUAUGGGAGACAGGCUGCUAUUGUGCCAUCCUUUCCAUUACAUAGUGAUAACAGCUGUUACUUGGAAUGCUUUAAAACUUGGUAUUAUUUACGUUUAAGUAUUUGCUGUAUUCCUGGCUCUGUGCUAAAUGCUAUGCCUGCAUCUUAAAAAAUCCUUAAAAUAAGUCAAGGCAGGUACCACUGUUACUUCUGUUUUCCAGAUGGGGACACUAAGACUUUAAGAAGUUAAAUAGCUCACCGAAAGACACACAGCUAGUAAGUAACACAAUGGUGACCUGAACCCAAGUCUAUUCUACUCUAGACCAUGGACUCCAAAAUUAAUUAUGCAUAUAAGGAAUGUGGAGAGUUUAGCCUUGAACAAAGGGAGAUGAGCUUGUUUUGUACCAACCCUUCUGCUGAGGAAAAGAGAAAACCUAUCUAUUUAGGCACCAGAGGCCUAUUGAGAAAGCAAGGGCUAAUAUUCUGAGAGGUGAGACCUACAUUUGUUACUAUUCAUUUCCCCCUCAAGGGACUUGCUAAUUCAAGGGCAGGGGCUGAGAAACUGAGCAGAAGUUUUAGAAGACUAAUGGAGAACAAAAAUUAGAGUUGGGGAUCUAAGUAGAAGUGGCCCUGGAAAAUGCCCCAGGCUUUCUUUUGGGACCCCAAAGGGCUUCUCUUUGAUUAAAGGUGAACUGGAUAUGGACCUGUCCUCACAAGGACUGAAGCCCAGCCUUAGAUCUAGUGGAUGGCCAGAAGCAAAAAUCACCUCUGAGCGAGGAGAACAUGGUCUAAUUUCUCAAAUUUUCUCUAUUAAUUGUUGACAAAUCCUGUUUAAAAAUUAGGAAUGCAAAAACACAAUUUGACUAACAUUGAGAAAGUGAACAAUAGAAACAGAUAGACCUCCAGGAAAUUUAGAUAGUUCACAUUAUCUGAUGGGUACCUUACAGUAACUGAUUAAAAUGUUCAUGAAUUAAAUGACCAAAUGGAACAACUUCAGGAGAGAACUGGAAAAUAAUAUAACAAUUUAAGAAAUCAGUAGAUGGCUCUGAUAGACACAACUUAAGAGACAGGUAAUUACAUGAAAAAUAAGAAAAUAUCCAGACUGGUGCUGGGGGUAGAUAGGGCAGACAACUAUUCAAAGAGUCAAGGAUGUCCCCAAAUUGAUGAAAGACAUUAAGCCACAUAAGUAAGAAAUUCUGUUGACCUCUAAGCAUGAUAAGUUACAAAGAAAAUUAUACCUAAUUAUAGUAAAACUGAAAAACAAAGACUAAUUUUAAAAGUAGCCAGAGGAAAAGUAUAUAUUACUAUCAAAGGACCAAUAGCAAGCCUUGAUAGGGGGAUUUCAGCAGAAGUAAUGAUAGAGAAAAAUGGAAUGGUGUCUUCAAAGUGUCAGGUUGGCUGAGAGAAAGGAGAAUAGACCCGAAGUCAGGCAAGCAAGUUUUAUUAACCUGCCAGGCUGCUCCAUAACAAUCAGAGGAGGCAGACCCGAGCUUACAAAAUGAGGGAUUUACAUGGGGUGAUAGGGGCAUAAGGGAGUUUCAGGACUGAGGUAUCUAUCUACUGGUAACAGGCACAGAAAUAGUUUGUCAACUUGUAACAGACCUACAAUACAUCUGUGACUUUUGUGGUGGCAGUUUUAAAAAAGAGAAACGAGGACUUUUUACAGAUAAUGUGUCAAACAGGAAUUUACAAGUAUGGAUAACAAACAUUUAUUUUCUCUGUCCUCCCUCGAGCUGCCUGGAUGGCUGUAAUCAGGCUUUGCUUAAUUGUAGCACACCUGGCAGCCUUAAUGAGACACCUAGGUAUGGGUUCAGGAAUGCAGCAGCAGAGCAAUCAGAGUGGGGGGAAGGGGUCAGCUUGUGUGGAGGGAGUUUUCUAAGGCAGCUUGUUCCUAACACAAAGAGCUUCAAGAAAAUUAAUAGCCAACCUGGAAGACCAUCAGGUAAAACUAUCCUUCCAAAGACAUGUCCAGACAAAGGAAAAUAGAAUUUACCACCAAUGAAAAGUACCAGAAGUAUGAAAGGAAAGUACUAAAGGGUGUUCUUGGAGCAGAAGGAAAAUGAUCACAAAACACAGCUUGGAGGUCCAGAAAGGAUUUGAAAGGCAAUGGAAAAGGUAAGUAUGUGUAUAAAACUAAAUAAAUAUUGAAUGAAUGAAGCAACUUUUACUUUAUGGGGUCUUAAAUAUAUAAAGAACUAAAAUACAUGACCAAAACACGUAAGUGUGGAGGGAGGUAAAUGCAGUGGUCCUCAACCUUUCUGGUACCAGAGUUCAUGGAAGAUAACAUUUUCAUGGUGGUGUGUGGAGGGGUAGAGGAAGUGGGAGGAUACUGUUGGGGUAGAACUGUUCCACCUCAGAUCAUCAGGCAUUAGAUUCUCAUAAGGAGUGCACAACCUAGAUCCCUCAUGCACAGUUCACAAUAGGGUUUGCACUCCUAUGAGAAUCUCAUGCUGCUGCUGUUCUGACAGGAGGUGGAGCUCAGGCAGUAAUGCUUGCCGGCUUGCUGCACACCUCCUGUUGUCCUGCCUGGUUCCUAACAGGCCACUGACCAGUACAGCCUGGGGAUUAGGGACCCCUGGGUAAAUGGAAUUAAAGCAUUCUGAAGUCCUUGAAUUGUCUUGGAAGUGAAAAUGGUGAAGGCACUGAUUUCUUUUAGAAGUUAAUAAAUAAGGGGUAUAUGUUUCAAUUUUUACAGUAUUUUCUAAAAGAUAAGAGAAUGUAACACAAGAAAACAGAAGGAGAAUAUGAAAUAAAAUAAUCCCAAAGAAGGC